ACUAAGAAGUUUGGAUAAUAUGCUUCAGUUCUUCACUCCUUGUGAUAUGCAUGCUGUCAAUGGAGUGUCACUUAUACUUUUUGGACUAAGUGAGUGAGAGAGGAGGGACUCGGAGAGAUAUGGUUGCAAAUGCUUGAAUUAUGUCUGAAGAGAGGAAAGAAAGAGAAGGAGAUAAAGCAAUGGCUGUUUUUAAUCCCUUUCAAUGAAGUGGAAUAGGCGACUCGUCGUGACGAGAAACAAAAGUUCUACUAAAUAUAGUGAUGUAAUACAUAGAUCAUUUUUUCUUUCUUUUUAAUCAAUCCAAAAUUAAAAAAAUCUAUCACUUUAUGAACUCUUUUUCUGGUGGCACCACAUUCCUUCUCAUCCAUAAGUAGCAUCUACAGCCAUGUCAACUGUAGUAAUCUUUUCUUAAUCUUGUUCUAAAAUGCUAUCUAUCAAAAAGUGUUAUUAGGUAUGUUCCUUCUUGCUUAAAGCGAUGCAGAGAUGCGAUACACAGUUAUGCAAUUCAGAGGGUCGAGUUAUUUAUCGUUUUCAAGCAAGCAGAAAUCUUGGAAGUUCCAGAUUUAACAAAUGCUGAUAUCAUAUUCUUCCACCGGUUGAAUUUACACAACUGAGCUUACUAGUUAAUAUAAUACACCUGCAUUUCUAUUUUUGAAGAAAAUGAAAAUAUUUCUGUGUAAAAUAUAGAUGCUUAUGUGAUUUCUGCUUUUGGUGCAGAAAGAGUGUUGUAGCAAAAAUUCUUGGUACUGUUAUUAUAAUAAAAAUUACAUUACCUAUCAAAAAAGCCUGCGGUCAGUUUAUAGAGUGCUCACUGGUUUUAGUCUCAGAUCCCUACUCAAAGAUGAUAAUGUGUCAUACCUCAAAUUGCUUCAUUCACAGGUCUAAAUAUGUUCCAAAAGGCUAGAAGUGUACAUGUUUGUGAUAUCAAAACUCUUCCCUGAAUUCAUUAGAGCAAUUGUAGAAUAGCUUCGCUAAAUGAGGCUGAAAUGAUAGCCAGUUUCCCAGUUUCAGUCAAAGUCAAGGAGCGAGUUGAUAUACCUCCUAGGCCAAGUGAAGAGGCCACAGCAUGUGAGGCACUUAAGUAAACGACCUCUGCUUGAAACAGAUGUAGGUUGGCAUGUAGUCAUACUCCCCAGUCAGUUCUGGACAAAUUGUACAAAUACUAGUUACUUUGUUUUCUGGUGCCUCGUAUUUUUUUUAAUAUUUUCUUUUGUUUAUAAUUUUCUCAAUGCUCUUGUACGUUUACAAUUGAUCUUAGCAUGUUAGAAUGUGCAUGAUACUUUAGUAGAGUUCUUUUUCCCUCUUUCUCUUAUAAUAUUUUUGGGAGGGGAAAGGGGAAAAGGGAAAAGAAGUGGAAUGAGGCGGUGGGAAUUUUUGAACCUUUCACCUUAAGGAUGCAAGGUAGAAGUCCACCAGGGUAGUUUUCCUGCAUCCCCUUCAUUUUGAUUAACACUCUUUUGACAUUUGCAAAUUCAAGUGUUUUUAUUCCCGCUUUGCUGUCUGGUGUUCCUUGCUUAGAAACCUCAUCUUGCCUUAGCCAGGACCAGGCCUGUUGACUUCCAGUGGACUGACUUAAUAAUUCUUAAAGAAACGAAGAUGGGGAGGCUGCUGGAGCAUGUAUUGGUGUUUUGGGUCUCAGAAACAGACAAAGCGAAUCGGACAUGCAGUUUUUGUUCCUGAAACAACAGCCCCUGGGGCAGAUAGACCUGCUGCUGAUAAUUCAACUCAAGCUCCUUCUAUAGUGCUUCCCUUCAUUGCCCCUCCCUCAUCUCCUGCUUCUUUCUUGCCAUCAGAACCUCCUUCCGCAACCCACUCACCAGUUGGCUCGAAAUGCCUUUCCUCUAUGUCUACAUAUUCUCCCAGUGGACCUGCCUCGAUUUUUGCUAUUGGGCCAUAUGCUCAUGAACCUCAACUGGUAUCUCCACCUGUAUUCUCUACAUUCACCACUGAACCAUCAACUGCUCCGUUUACCCCUCCACCUGAGUCAGUCCACUUGACUACACCCUCAUCGCCUGAGGUACCAUUUGCUAAGCUUCUUGACCCCAAUCACCAAAAUGUUGAUGCUGGUAAUAGAUUUCCUUUUGCUCAGUAUGAAUUUCAAUCAUAUCAACUUCAACCAGGGAGUCCAGUCAGCAAUUUGAUAUCGCCUGGGUCAGCCAUUUCUGUAUCUGGAACCUCAUCUCCGUUUCUUGACAGUGAGUCUAAUCCUGGACGCCCUCAGUUCCUGAACCUGGAGAAGAUAGCCCCUCACGAAUGGGGAUCACGGCAAGGAUCUGGGACUUUGACCCCUGAUGCAGUAUACCCCAAGUAUCAUGACAGUUUCCUUCUCAAUCAUCAGAACUCUGGUGUUCCUCGUCUUUUGAAGCCGCUUAAUGGGUGGAAAAAUGAUCUAACAGUGGUCGACCAUAGAGUUUCUUUCGAGAUAACUGCAGAAGACGUAGUGAGGUGUGUGGAAAAGAAGCCAACGAUGUUAAUGAAAACUGGAUCGAUGUCUCUCCAGGAUGUAGAGCGUAACACUAAACAAGAGGCAAACCUGGCUGAGAUGUCAAAUGGACAGGAGUGCGACGGGAAUGAGCCUUCCAGUGAAACACGUGAGGGAUCUUCUGCUGAUGGAGAAGAUGGACAGAGGCACCAGAAGCAAAGAUCGAUCACUCUUGGAUCCUCAAAGGAAUUUAACUUUGACAAUGUGGAUGGAGGAUAUCCUGAUAAAGCUACUAUUGGCUCUGAUUGGUGGGCCAACGAGAAGGUUCUCGGGAAGCAGGGUGGGUCAAGCAAUAACUGGAUCUUCCCUAUGAUGCAGCCCGGCGUCAGCUAACUGGUUAUAUCGCUUUGGUAAGUCCACACCAUACUAAUAAGCUGCUGCUCAGCUGCCCGAAAUUUCAUAUACAACCAGCAGCAAAUACCGCAACUCUUGGUAUCAAAAUGUACAAGGAUGAGGUGUUGAAGUGCAGCAGGACUGAUAUAGGAACCGAUGCGAAGGCUGUUUUUUGGGCACUUCCUGAACUUAGGGAUGCAUUGUAGGAAUUACCAUUUGAUAAACUAGUUUUGCUCCCCUCAGUGAGAGUUUUACAUUUAACUAGUUAGAAUCUACAUUUUAGCUUUUUUCAUCUUUUAUGUAUAAAACAUAAAUAAUUGCUAGAACAGUGUAGCAGAUGAUGAUGAUGAUAAUCUUCAUGUAGUUUUCAUUGGAAUACAAUCUUUCUUCACCAA